UCAUACUACUCAUAUCCGAGGAAAAGAAGAAAGGUCAGGGGGCACGGGGCGGAGCUUGCUGUUAUAGUACGUGUGCUUCUGAGGAGUUAGCUUGUUUUCCAGUGGGCUAUCGUUACGUUUGAAACCGCCCGUGAAUCAUGGUAUUACUAGAAAACGACUCGUUUCUGACGGAGCUCACACGGUUGUUCCAGAAAUGUCGAAACUCUGGUAGCGUGGUAAUCACAUUAAAGAAGUACGAUGGGAGGACCAAACCAAUUCCUAAAAAGGGACAAGCAGAUUCGUUUGAACCAGCAGAUAACAAGUGUCUUAUCAGAGCCUCUGAUGGAAAAAAGAAAAUUAGCACAGUGGUCAAUACCAAAGAAGUAAUCAAAUUUCAAAUGGCGUACUCCAACCUCCUCAGAGCCCACAUGGAUGGACUUAAGAAGAAGGAUAAGAAAAGCAAAAGCAAGAAAACUAAAGCCACCCAAUGAGCAAAAGACUCUACCUCUUUGUCUCUAGUCUGGCCGGUACCACCUGAAGGAGGAAGGAGGGGGGGGCGAUGGGCUCGCAGCGGGCCGGAUUCAUCUUUCGCCCCCUCUGGCGUCUCCCAUUACCCUGAUGGCUCAGAGGCCACCGUCGGUCCACCUAGUGACUGCUUUGAUCUCAUGCCAUCGUUUGCACGAUAACGUCUUACUUCCGGCCAUUCGGUGAAAUGAAAAAGCAGCAACGUAAGAAAAGAACAUGGAUGUCACAGUGAGAAGCUCUUGAGCCAAAACGCAUCCGUGUGAGAUCCAGGUUAUCGACAGCCGUGUCCAAUAUGAGGGGGCCACAGGGUUGAUGCUUGAUUGCCUUUCAUAAUGUUUUGUACAACUCUCAAUUUGUAACGGCAGGAUUUAAUUUAAUUCCCUGUAAAAA